AUGCGCUUCACCUUACAGUCUGCAGCUACACAGCCAGCGUACAACUCGCCGAUGCAUGCCUGUCUCAACCCAAAGCCGGACUGGGCUAGCAAGGAGAUUGACACCGGGCUAGCCGAGAUCCGGGCAGCCUUCAACGACUCACGCAGGCGGCGAAGUGGGGAGGAUCGAAAAGCGCUGUCCGCACUGAAGAUUGCGGCCGAGGAUGCUAUCAGCCGAGUGCAGAAGGCGGCCGAUGGCGCAGAUGCGAACAAAGGAUCAGCUGAGGAGCGCCGAGCCGGUACCGUCGCUGCCUUCCACGCCCUGCCCCUCACGGCCAAGCUCCGGAUCCUCGUUGCGGAGAAGAAAGCUGCGGCGCUGCUCCUCGGUGGCAGCUUCUUCCUCGGCUCUGUCGGGAUGCUCGGAAUUUGCCUCGAGAUCUACACCGCCUGGGGCUGCCGCCUGCAGUGCACAUAG